AUGAAUUCAGCCGAGGCUGUUCAUCAACAUUUGUUUAAUUUGGAUGCAUAUAAAAAAAGCCGCCACAUUAGUGUGUACAUUAGCAUGCCUGGCAGUGAAAUCGACACUUAUCCCAUAAUUCACUCCAUUUUACGUGCUGGCGAAAAGGAAUUAUAUGUCCCGAGAUGCUCUCGUGAUUCAAUGGAAAUGGUAAAAAUAAAAAACAUGGAAGAGUUCCUUAGUUUGCCGAUCAACAAAUGGAAUAUUCCUGAGCCGCUUCAUACGACUAUUUUGGAGAACGCCCUAGAUACAAAUGGGCUUGACCUUAUUAUAGUUCCAGGUCUUGCAUUUGACAAUUCCCGUAAUCGUAUUGGUCACGGAAAAGGAUAUUAUGAUCGUUAUAUUGAAAAGUGCAAUGAGUGGGCUGAAAGGACUAAAAAUGCUUCACCAACAACAGUGGCAUUGGCGCUGAAUGAACAAAUCAUAGAAACCGGAAGAAUACCCCUUGAACAUACUGACAAAAAAGUCGAUUGCAUCAUUACCCCACAAGGCAUUAUUUAA